AUGGUCUAUCAGGCCUGGUAUGAAAUGAUCAUGCGGUCCUCCGAGUGCUUUAUCACCAAUCCUUUGGACAAGCUGGUCGCGCUGGCCGUGGCUCUCGAGAACGACCUCGCUGCCAAAGCGCUAACUUGGUCGUGGGCUUCUGUGGUCGUUGUAAUUCAGUAUCACCAUGCGAGCAUCUCUACCCUGGGCCAGCUCAGGCUUGAAAUCAGACUCGUAGGGGACAUGACGCAGCAUGGGCUGCUAACUGAGCGCCCCUGCGUUCUGCAACUUGAGGGUGCGGUCCGCAUCAACACUGAGCUGCGCUUCUUUGAGGGCCGACUGGGAAUGCCGUUGUACGGCAUUGCCAUCUUGUUCAUCGCACUUGAUCAUGACACCAGACACUUGGACGUACAGCAUGACAGUGGACGGCUUAUCGGCUGGGCAUCGCUCGACUACGAGACAAGGGCCAGCAUUGACGGGCUGGUGGAGGGCGUCACUUGCGUCAAGGUGGCGUGCCAUACUUCCGAUAGGAUUGGGAAUGGCAUUGACAGAGGGUACAUGGUGUUAUUUAUCUCGUACUUGGCUGACCUAGGCGCCUGGCAACGGGUCGGCGUGGGACAGAUCUUGGACCGUUCCUUGUUUGAUGGCCAGGAGCCCACCAAAAUUCGCCUGGCUUGA